CAGUCACGUCAAAGUAUCGCGUAGUGGGAGUAGGCGUUCAAUAUUUUCCUGUUUGGAACCUUCUUUGAACAUCGAAGAAAAUAAUACAUGUGAUGACUCAUUACCCCCUACCCAGAAAGUAUCCCUCUUUCUUGUUCCACAGAAACCUCUUGUCAGGUUUCACAUGAAAUAGUUUGGUAUAAUGAUUUAUUAUGAUUGUCAUUUGUAUUCCUCUCAACUGUCAACAUGGGUGAACUGAUUCGUGGUGAAUUUCUGCACCUCGUAAAUGAGAGUAGCAGGUAUGAGGCAGAGCGUGCCAAACGUCUGAUGGAUAUUACCCAAGAUGUGGGUAUUGCUCACCUUUUAUGUGGCUUUGGCAGUAAAGCCAGAGUGGCGUUAGAGGAAGUUUUACUCCUGUCAUCCCCACUUACGUUUGAGACUUUCUUAGCAAACUGUUUUCUGAACACUCCUUGCACGUCGCAGGAUAAUGCUUCUAAAAUCAAAGAGAUGGCAAAUAUAGAGAAAAAACAUCCAUCUAAAAUCCUGCUCCGUGAUCUUUGUAAAAUGGUCCCAGAUAUGAAAGUAAAGGACUUGAUUAAAUCAUUAGAAUGCGCAUCCUUGUACAGGGCAAUAGCGCGUUUAGAAAAGGAAGAUUUGGAGGCUCUUGCACAACAUGCACGAUCAGACAGUGGCUGUCUUAACCCUGUUCCUCUUCCCAUUCCAAAUGUGCUCUCCUCUCAAGUCACCAGAAGAACUAAUUUUUCAAAGACGUACAGAAACAUUAUUUUACUUUCUUUUGCAAGAGAUGGACAAGAUAUUGCAAAUCAGCUAGAAAAUGAGCUUAAAGAACCAUUUGGAAAAAGUAAAAAGUCGUAUUUUGUAAUUAAACUCUCUGAUCAUACCGGCUAUCUAGCUCAGGACCGUGUACGAAACUUAAAAGAUAUAAUAUCAAAGGUAGAUUACAUUGUCCCUGUGUUAACAAAUGGCUAUUUUGAUAUAUUGGAGAGGAGAGUGCCCCCAGAUGAUGCUACAAUUGAUGAGGAAUUUGCAUCCCUGCUCAUUACACUAGUUGCUGAUGAGUGGGCUUCCAAUGGUUUUAAAAAUUACAAGGUUCGAUGUUACAAACCUAGAGACGUAAAUCCACAAAUAACUGUAUUUCCACCAUUUACAACAACGAUAAGUGAUAGGGUUGCAUUGCGUGAAGUAUGGUUGAAUACAAAGAAGUAAUUCAUAUUAUCAUCAAUGUAAGUGUGCUACUGUUUUGUCAAGAUAAAUUUAAUUUCUGACUUUUUACUCAUACAUAGUGUGUAAUGAGUCAGGACAAAUUUUAUAAGCUGAAAGGUUGUUAAUGUUAUUUGCCUUGCGGCCUGUGAGUGUGGUAGCUCUGAUUAGAAGUCUUAGGUCGAUCAAUCUGUUCUGCUAUUUUCAUUUUUCUGGAGUUCAGCCGACUUUUCCGUUGAUUUUACUUAACUUUCUCCUGAUUUUCUCGAAUCCUGACUUUUCGACUAUUGACUUUCUUUAUUUGAUUUUUUCCUGAGUGUGCACUGGUUUUUUGAAGUAAGCAACCCCUUGGGUUGCACACCCUACUGAGCCCAUAGCUGUGCCUCCAGGUACUGUUCUUGAAAUAUCAUGGAAACCUCGAAAUCACCUGCGAUAAUGGGUGAAAUAAAGAUCUAGUCUAAAGUAUAAUAUA